AUGGACGCAAAGCAUUGGGAGACAGGGGAGCAUGACGGGAAGGCCUUCGAAGCGCAGAGUGAAGGUGGGGAGACGGGGGAGCAUGACGAGGAGGCCCUCGAAGCGCAGAGAGAAGGUCGAAAAACGGGUCAUCCUGUUGUGGUUUGUUACCACCGGCGGCGAGUGCGGAUCGGCGGGGAUGGAUGGGAAGAUUAUUCACGGGAGCAUCAACCGCGGCGCGAGGCAACGCAAAACGGGGGAGCCCCCCUCGCGCCUCUCGGAGAGGCGCGCGCGCUGGCGGAGAAGGAUGCAACGGCGGAGACGCGAGGAAUGGCGGAAGAUGGGGAAAGCGCACGGGUUCGGAGAGGAGAGGGCGGAGAUGGAGCUCAUAGAGGAGUGCUUCCGGGGAUGAGGCAGGAUGACGUGGCGAUGCGGGUAAUCGGCAUGAUGGGCGCGGCAGCGGGGAGCGCGGAGGAGCUUUCUUUUGAGCAGCUGGUGGGUGUGAGCCGGUGGUGCGCGCAACGCGCCGUGGAGGUCCGCGUGGCGGCGCAACUGGCGGAGAGGCUUGCGGAGGUGGAGGAGAGGGUGAGAGAGGAAAAGCGGAAGAAAGAGGAAGAGCGGAAGAGAGAGGAAGAGCGGAAGAGAGAGGAAGAGCGAAAGAGAGAGGAGGAGAGGAAGAGGGAGGAGGAGAGGGUGAGAGAGGAGGAGCGGAAAAGAGAGGAGAAGAGCGUGAGAGAGGAUGAGCGGAAGAGAGAGGAGGAGAGGAAGAGAGAGGAGGAGAGGGUGAGAGAGGAAGAGAGGAAGAGAGAGGAAGAGAGAAAGAGGGAGGAAGAGAUGAAGAUAGAGGAAGAGCAAAAGAGGGAGGAAGAGCGAAAGAGGGAGGAAGAGAUGAAGAUAGAGGAAGAGCAAAAGAGGGAGGAAGAGAGGAAGAGAGAAGAAGAGAGGAAGAGAGAAGAAGAGAGGAAGAAAGAGGAAGAAAGGAAGAGAGAGGAAGAAAGGGAGAGAGAGGAAGAGAGGAAGCGAGAGGAAGAGAGGACGAAAAAGGAGGAGAGAAAUAGGAUAAGGUGGGAAGAAAAGAAGAGGGCGCGUCAGGAAAAGUGGAAUAAAUGGAGAGAAGAAGAAAGGAAGAAAUUGAGCGAGAUCGUGGGGAAGCGAGUGAGGGAGGAGGAGGCCAAAAAGCGUAAAGAGGUGGAGAGUAAAGCGCGUGAGGCUGAAGCCAGGGCGGAGAAGGCGGAGAGGCUCAGAAAACGACUAAAAGCAGCGUUGAAGGAGGCAGAGGGGGUGGUGGCGGGGUUAGAAGAAUGCAUCGUGGAGGAAAUGGAGGAGGUACUCGUGCGAGCAGAGCUUCUUAAACGCUGCGUCAAGACAGACACGAAUUUUCUAGAUGCAGCCGGUGGCGCAGGGCGCAAGCGAGCUCGCAUGGCUGAUGGCUCUGCUGCACUCCGCAUGAAGGAGCCCUGCCGUCCCACACACACUCCUAUUGGGCAGCACCUGCUAGCCCUCUUGCCUGUGCCGACAAGCAGCCCCUCCCUUUGUGUGUGUUGCCUGGCAGCGCUACUGGCGUUGCCGUUCGGCCAUUCCCCAUUCAGCCAUUCCCGUCUCCGCGCCUCUCCCUGUGUGUGUGUUGCCUGGCAGCACCUGAAGUGCCUUACCUCGCAUGCUAAGGCUGUGAGAGAGAAGGCGCAGGAGCACCUCAAAGCCCUUACCUCCCAUGCAAAGGCGGCCAGAGAAAGGGCGCAGGAGGUGAGGCGGCAAGUGCGUGCGCUGUGGGCGACACACGUGGUGGCUUGCGAGGCGAUGCAGGUUGAAAAGGAGGGGGGGGAGGAGGAGGGGGACGAGGAGGGGGCGGAGGAGGAAAGGGGAGAGGAGGAGGAGGAACAGGAGAAACGGGCGGAAGAGGAGGAGAGGGAGGAAGAGGAGGAGGAGGAAGAAGAGGAAGCUGAGGAUGAGGAGAUGAGGGCUCCAAUGGAGGAAGGCGUUGGUGAUAACUACAACUUGGUGCAGGCUCGCCCCACACCAGCCAGACUUGCUCAGAGGGGGGUGAUGGGGGGCGGGGGCGCAGGCGGAGGCGCUACAGGGUGCAUGGGGGAGAGGCGUGAGGGGGGGAAGGGAGGCGAGACCAGGGCGCAGGCAGUCGGGGGGGAUGGGAGAGGAGGGGCGGGAAGGGCAGGUGGAGUGGAUAGGAAUGGGCUGCUGCAUGCACGGGCAGGGCAAGGGGCGCAAGGGGGACGAGGGGGGCAAGGGGCGCAAGGGGUGCAAGGGGCGCAAGGGGGGCAGGGGGGGCAAGGGGCGCAAGGGGCGCAAGGGGCGCAAGGGGCGCAAGGGGUACAAGGGGGGCAAGUGGGGCAAGGGGGACAAGGGGCGCAAGGGGGACAAGGGGCGCAAGGGGGACAAGGGCGACAAGGGGGACAAGUGGCUCAAGGGGCACACGGGGCGCAAGGGGCGCAAGGGGCGCAAGGGGUGCAAGGGGCGCAAGGGGCACACGGGGCGCAAGGGGCGCAAGGGGGAGAAGGGGCGCAAGGGGGACAAGGGGCGCAAGGGGGACAAGGGGGACAAGGGGGACAAGGGGGACAAGGGGGAAAAGGGGUUCAAGGGGCGCAAGGGUUACAAGGGGUACAAGGGGGGCAAGUUGGACAAGGGGCGCAAGUGGAGCAAGGGGCACAAGGGGCACAAGGGGCACAUGUGGGACAAGGGGCACCAGAGGCACAAGGAGAGGAGCUGGAGGGUGCAGGGGAGCGGCCAGCACUGGCUGUGCAGGAGACUCUGCAGGAGUUGGCACAGCGGGAGGAAGCACAGCGGGAGCAAGCACAGCGGGAGCAAGCACAAGGAGGACAAGCGGGACAACGGGCACAAGGAGUGCUGCUGGAGGGUGCAGGGGAGCGGCUAACGGUGGCUGUGCAGGAGACUCUGCAGGAGUUGGCACAGCGGGGGCAAGCACAGCGGGAGCGGGCACAGCGGGAGCAAGCACAGCAAGAGGGGGCACAAGGGGGACAAGGGGCAGCAGAGGCACAAGGAGUGGUGCUGGAGGGUGCAGGGGAGCGGCCAGCACUGACUGUGCAGGAGACUCUGCAGGAGUUGGCACAGAGGGAGCAAACGCAGCGGGAGCAAGCACAGCUGGAGCAAGAGCAGCGGGAGCAAGAGCAGCGGGAGCGGGCACAGCGGGAGCAGGCACAAGGGGGACAAGUGGGACAAGGGACACCAGGAGUGGUGCUGGAGGGUGCAGGGGAGCGGCCAACGGUGGCUGUUCAGGAGACUCUGCAGGAGUUGGAACAGCGGGGUCAAGCACAGCGGGAGCGGGCACAAGGGGGAGAAGCAGGACAAGGGGCACAAUGGGUGGUGCUGGAGGGUGCAGGGGAGCUGCCAACACUGGCUGUGCAGGAGACUUUGCAGGAACGGGCACAGCGGGAGCGGGCACAGCGGGAGCAAGCACAGAGAGAGAGAGCACAGAGGGAGAAAACUAAGGGCGAGGUGAUCCGCUUCCUGGUGGCCCAAAAGGAAGCAGGUGAAGAGUCAGGUGAAGAGUCAGUUGAAGAGUCAGGUGAAGAGUCAGAUGAAGAGUCAGGUGAAGAGUCAGAUGAAGAGUCAGGUGAAGAGUCAGGAGAAGAGACAAGUGAAGAGACAGCACAUGACUUCACACUGUCCAGCUCCAACCCUGUCUUCAAUGACAAACCUAACAACAGCCUCUUCUUUUUCCUCACCUAUUGUCCCCGCUACUACCCGCGCCUCUUCGCUUCCCUCUCCUCCCUCACCCUACACCGCCUCUCCCCCAUCCGCGCCCGCGCACUCUCCGCGCUUCACCUGCUGCCGUCCCUCACCUCGCUCUGCUUCCAGGAAACUACCAUCAAGCCUGGGGGGCAGUUUCGGCUAUCGUCCUUGUCUCGUCUGCAUAGGCUUGUGUUGGACUGCCCGAAAUCGCACUACCUGAACCUGGACACUCAUGCGCCCUCUCGGGGUACGGGUAUGGGUACAGGUACUGGUACCCAGCAGCAGCAGCAGCAGCAGCAACAGCAGCAACAGCAGCAGCAGCAGCAGCAGCAGCAGCAGCAGCAGCAGCAGCAGCAGCAGCAGCAGCAGCAGCAGCAGGCGUCUGUCGGUUCCCAUCAGCAGCCAUUUGAGAAUCUAAGGGAGCUGCAUGUCAGUCACGUGAGUGACUCCCUGCUUCGCCAGGUGGGCUGUUUGUACCGCCUUGAAGCCUUCUCGUGUACGUGCAGCAAGAAAGUGACCAUCUACGGAUUGAACCAGCUGGAACGACUCACGAGGCUCACGAGGCUGCAGGUGGCGCCAGCAAACCUGUACGAUCAUUACCUGGAGCUGCAAUUCCGGAGUGAUUCCCUGCCGGUUUUUUCCCGAGUCUGCGAGUUGCUCGAACCCAACGGCACGGGCGUUUGCGACUGUGCUGAUUUGCUGGAUAACCCCGAGCAUCCGUGCCUGGAUGCCAGUGUGUGGGACGUGGUGGGUGCGCUGCCAGGCUUGCAGCAUGUUGGGGUGCAUGGAGUGGCAACCAGCAAACAAGACCUGCGAGCUCUCGCCCCUCUCACACGCCUCUCCACUCUGCACGUCACCGGCACAAACCUGAAGGACGUUGGAUGGAUCAGGAGCUUUUCUCAGUUGAGAGACCUGGGGCUGGCUGGAUGUGGCCUGUAUGUGGAUUCACAGUUGCAAGGGUGGAGCCAGAGCUUGCUGCACUUAAAGGCGCUGGAUCUGUCAGCCACAGGAGUCAGCUACAAGGGCGCUUCAAAGCUUUGUUUAUUUAAGAGUUUAGAGCGCUUAAAGGUGCAGCAGUGCUGCAACAUGCGUGCGGCAUUUCUGGAUCACGUCAGUAAAGUGCCGCGGUUGAAGGAGCUGGAUGUGGGCUUUAACAAGGUGUCGACGAAAUGGGUGAGGCCGAUACUGGAUGGGAAGCGGGUGGCACGGCUGUGUGUGCGCCGGUGUGAGUGGAGUGAGAGACAGCUGUGGAAUGCUCGACAGUCGCGGAUUGAUGUGGUGCAAUGA